UGUGUGAGCUGGAGGAAAGGGGCAUAUCUUUCAAUGGAAAAAUAUAUAAAGGCACUGUUGCGUGCACAAUGGGCGAUAAUCUGGGCUCCCACAUGAUUGGUGGCUUUACAGAAAAUUUCAGCACAGCUCAAUAUUUCUGCAGAUACUGUUUGGCAACAAAAAGUGAAUUUCAGUCGAACCCUCUCACAGUUUUCACUCAUAGAAAUCCAGCUGAUCAUAAUGAGACUGUGCGGUUUCUGGAAAGUAACGAUGAAGUACACACUAAUCAUGGUGUUAAAUGUGACAGUGUUUUCAACAAACUGUCCAACUUUCAUGUGUGUCAGCCAGGCUUACCAGCUUGUUUAGCUCAUGAUCUGUUUGAGGGGGUAGUAGAUUAUGAUUUGGCAUUGUUUUUGCAGUUCUUAAUCAGAACACAAAAGUGGUUCAGUUAUGAGGUUCUUAAUGAAAGAAUCAAAUCAUUUCCUGGUGAAAGCAGCGACAAGCUAAACACUAUUCCCACUACAGGAGCCAGGCUUGGAGGACAUGCAGCCCAAAACAGGUGGCUUUUGAAAUUCUUGCCUGUUUUGGUGCAUGACACAAUUGAAGAUGCUGAUAAUGAAGUAUGGGGACUUGUACUACUUCUGAGGGAGCCUGUUGAAUUUGUCUGUGCACCUCGGCUCUCAGAGUUGCAGAUUGCUUUCAUGAAGGGACUGAUUGAACUGUAUGUGGAAUUGAGGCAAGAGCUGUUUCCAAGAGUUCAACUUAGACCAAAACACCACUAUCUGCUUCACUAUGCACACUUAACUUUACAAUUUGGCCCACUCAUAUAUACUUGGACAAUGCGCUUUGAAUCAAAACAUUCUUAUUUUAAAAGGUGCAUUAGGGCAAGUAAGAACUUCAUAAAUGUAACCAAGUCUCUGGCUGAACGGCACCAGUUGCUUCAGGCUUAUCAGUCUUGUGGUACCUUGUUUCGUUCCCAGGUUCAUGUCUCAGACUCAACACGGUUCUAUCCAGAGCUCUAUGACCAGAACAUAAAGACAGUGGUUGGAGAAUUUGAUUUGAACUCAAGUAACUCAGUUGUCACAGAGAGUGUGCAGGUUAAAGGCACUACAUAUGCAAAUGGAAUGCUGGUCUUACUGAGCUACGCAAAAGGACUACUGCAGUUAGGACAAAUAGCAAGCAUUUUUGUAAAAAAUGAAACUACUGUCCUACUUUUGCUUCGAGGGAAAACUGCCAGCUGGAUACCUGAGCUUGGACUCUAUGAACUUGAUGAAAAUGCUUCUGACCUGUUCAGUUGCCAUGAUUUGAACAAACUUGAUGAUUAUCAUCCACUUUAUUCUUACCACAGAGGUACUCGGUGGCUCAUUCCUCUUAAACACACACCAACAUGGAACUUGUGAAAAACUAUGUCAAGAAAGCAAUGCCAUCGCUCAGUAGCAAUCAGAUGGAUACACUCAUGGCUAAACUGGAGGAAUUAGGAGUUCUCUCUGUAGAUGACCUGAGCCUUGUGGACCCGGAGGACAUUAAAGACACUCUGCCAUUCAUUCAGUGCAAAAGAUUCGUCAGAGCUGUCAAAGCAUUGGAAGCAGAUUCACAAACUCCACCGCAGUUCACCCGGCCUGGCCCCUCAUCAACACCUGAACCACAGAGGUUUCAGCUGCCCUCAACACCACCUGAGACAGCCGACUCCCCAUCCCAAGACACAUAUUCUGUACCAUGGCACAAAUUUCCCUCAAAAGUCAUGGAUGAGUUGCGUGAAAAAAAGUACAUAAUGGGGAAAGACAGACGAGAGAUGGUUCGGAUCGUCGCUGAAGAUUACCUCCAUGAACACCCAGGAAGACCUGGUAGACAAAAGCUGAGGGAACUCGCCAGUAUGAUUGUAGGACAAUAUCCUGCCUCCUUCAAGCUGACAGAGCCGUUUGGAAACAAACCUUUUGCAAAAGAUGGUUCUGAAACUACUUCAAAGAAGACUCUUAUAAACUCUUCCACAAAAAAGAGAUCUCUGCAGAUCCUGAAGUCGAACUCCCAGUGACCCCAUGCAUCCUAAUCAGAGGUGACCAGCAAUUCAAGAUUGCUGUUGAUGGGUUACUUGUCAAUGACCACAUCACCUCUCCCAUUGUGGCCUUGAGCUACGUCUUCUCCAUGUUUUAUGUCUGCAACGUCCAAUACCCACCGGAGAUGGCUUUUACUCUCGAAUUCAUGCAAAGAGUUUUCUUUGGGGUCAAUCCUGAGCGAGGCUCCAAGGCAGAGAAGAAGGGGAAGAAA